CAUAGACAACUCGUUUAGAUACCUACCGGGCCAAACAAAAACUAGGAAUGGACUCAGAAAAAAAGCUUCAUCUGUUUAAUGGACAGUCAUGAUCACGUGUCGCUAAAACCUCAAGCUUGAUGUAAAGAGGUCCUACAGUUAUAUAGUCUAUUGCACUUGACAUUACAAAGGAGUGGAAGUUGAGAGACAAACUAUGAAAACUAGUCAAGUGACAGUUUUGUUUAUUAUGAUAAUAGGCCAGCUGACAUUUUGUCAGAAAGUAUUGAAACCAAAGAAUUUGACAAUUGGUGGGAUAUUUCCAAUGUCUGGAAGUUGGGCUGGAGGUAUAGGAUGUCUUCCUGCGAUAGAAAUGGCCCUUGAAGAUGUGAACAAGCGUAUGGACAUCCUGGAGGAAUACCACCUUCACAUGCAGUCUGAUGAUAGCGAGUGUCGGCCAGGGCUGGGGACCAAAGUGUUAUAUCAGCUGCUGUACCAAGAGCCCACUAAGAUGAUGGUGUUGUCUGGAUGCAGUAUUGUGUCCACUUUUGUAGCCCAGGCUGCCAAGAUGUGGAACCUUGUUGUGAUCGGAUAUGGUUCCAGUUCCCCUGCCUUGUCAAACAGAGAACGUUUCCCUACUUUUUUCCGAACACAUCCGUCAGCAACUCUCCAUAACCCUACUCGAGUCAAACUAUUUAAAAGGUUUGGAUGGACACAAAUUGCCACUAUACAGGAAACACAGGAAGUCUUCACAUCGACAGUAGAAGACCUCGAAGAAAGAGUAAAGCAAGCCAACAUAGCAGUAUCAGUGAGACAAAACUUCCUAACCGAUCCAGCAAACGCAGUUCGCAAUCUGAAGAGACAAGAUGCACGAAUAAUUGUUGGAGUAUUCUACGAGAACAUGGCUAGAAAAGUAUUUUGUCAGGCCUAUAAGGAAAAGUUAUAUGGGAAGAAGUAUGUCUGGUUCAUCAUUGGCUGGUAUCCAGACAACUGGUACAAGAAGUAUGAUCCCAAGGUCAAUUGUACUGCUGACCAACUCAAGGAGGCCCUGGAGGGCCACUUUGCCACUGAGGCUGUAGUCCUACACCAGGAAAAUACUGCUACACUCUCACAUAUGACUUCUCAGGAGUUUAAAGACAGACUUGACUUGAAUCUUAAGGAACGAAACUUCACAGAUAUGUCCCAGGUGGAUGGCUACCCAGAGGCACCCUUUGCCUAUGAUGCUGUUUGGGCUCUUGCACUUGCCCUCAACAGAACCAGCAUGAAGUUGAGUAAAUACAAUAAGAAAUUGGAGGAUUUUAACUACUACAGUGAAGACAUUCGUCGUGAAAUCUACUCGGCCAUGAAUGACACCAGCUUUCUGGGUGUAUCUGGAAAUGUGGCAUUUUCCUCGGAGGGUGACAGGAUAGCCUGGACCCAGAUAGAACAGAUGUCUAAUGGGACUUACCAGAAGCUGGGUUUCUAUGACUACAACACAGAUAACCUGACCUGGAUUAAGAAAGAGAAGUGGAUAGGGGGUAAGGUACCACCAGACCAUACACUCAUCAAAUCAGCACCAAGAGUUGUCUCCCAUGGGCUGUUCUUUGCUAUGUGUUUCUUCGCUGCCUUUGGAAUUGCCUUUGGCAUAUUCUGUAUAAUGUUUAACUUCCUGAACAGACAACGCAGGUGCAUUGCCUACUCCCAGCCAAGUGUUAACAAUGUGACAGUGUUUGGAUGUAUUCUCUGUCUGAUGUGUAUUCUGCUGUUGGGGUUAGACAAUCAGUUCAUCUCCCCAGAACUAUACCCCCUCAUAUGUCAGUUAAGAGCUUGGAUGCUCUCCCUUGGUUUUACAUUUGCAUAUGGUGGCAUGUUUUCAAAAAUCUGGACAGUCCACAGAUUGACAACUGCCAACAAAAAGGACCGAAAGGUUGUGAGGCGGUGUGAAUUGUUCACUGUACUGAGUGUGAUAUUGACAAUUGACAUAGCAGUGUUGACCACCUGGCAAGUACUGGACCCUCUAUACCGGGAGGUGGAAAUAUUUGAGAAAGAAGAUCCUGUAGACACAGAUGAGGACAUCAAACUUCAACCAGAAUUAGAGCAUUGUACAUCCAAAAAUAUCUCCAUCUGGCUAGGAGUAAUAUAUGGCUACAAAGGGAUACUAUUACUGUUUGGAAUAUUCCUGGCUUAUGAGACGAGGAGUGUCAAACUGAAGCAAGUUAACGAUUCGAGAUUUGUAGGAAUGAGUAUUUAUAACGUUGUGGUGUUGUGCGUGAUAACAGCUCCCAUCACCCUUAUCAUCAGUAACCAACAAGAUGCCAGCUUUGCCUUUGUAGCACUUGCCAUUCUUUUAUGCAGCUUUCUGUCUAUGGGCCUAAUAUUUGUACCCAAGAUAGUUGAAAUCAGCCGAAAUCCAAAGAAAAAUCACCUGGAGGUGCGGGCUAUGUCUGAAUCUGUAGCCAGUAAGGAAGAAGAGGAGAGACACCAGAGACUGCUCAUAGAAAACGAAGGCCUCAAAAGACAGAUUUCCGAGAUGGAAGAUCGAGUUAAAGAACUAAAGGAGAAGCUAGAGCGUAAAACACAGCAGAGGCUCUUGACAAAUGGGGAAGGACCAGAAAGGAUUAAAAUUCCACCGAUAAAUAAAUCGGACCUAUCUAAAACGGACAUCGACAUAGAGAAGUCACCCGAUCUACAUGAUAGCAUCGUGUUAGACCAUAACAAUAUUUUCAGUGACACGUCUGUGCCAUUCCAACCAAACUCAGACUCAAAUUCAAGUGUGCAGAAAAAUCUCCACUAUUCUUUAUCAGAUCAAGAUCUUGAAUUUUUGUGAAACGUUCAGAAAUUUUUACACAUCCGUCUUUUUUUUUAAUUGAAACUCAGCAAUAUCUCUUUGAUACGCCAUGCUUAAUACGAUCUUGUCCUGUAGAAAUGAAAACUUACUUUUUGAAGAAAGAAUACUGAAAACUGACUGAAUUUUUGUAAAUAUGAUACUGCUAUUUGUGGAAUUAUAUGCUGAAAAUUGUAAUCAUACCAUUAUUUUGACUCAAAUUAAAUUGAUACUGUUCUCAAAAUUCAAAAGCAUA